CUUGAGGCGACCAUCGGAUCUGCCUCCUUACUGACACCGACAGCUCUAGGCGCCCACUAGCUUGUGUGCAGACUGAAAUGUGGAUUCUGUAUCCGCUGGACUUCCCCAAGUGCUGCGGCCGCUUCGCCUUCGAAGAUCUCUUUGAUCUCAAGAACGUCUUCCGGCUGUCCGAGGCCAGCAAGAGCAGAGAUGUGUUCGUUCAGGCUGUCAACCUCGGCCAGCCGGGGGCCCUGCGCGUCCUGGACGAGGGCGCGGCCUACCUGCCGCAUUUGCUGGCGGUCAUCCAGGCGAUUGAUGCACCCAUUGUGCCCAAGGCCGCCGCCUCCUCGCGAGGCGUCAAGAACCUCCGCGUGUCUGUAAGUAAGAUGCACAGGGGGCAAACUAACGACCAUGCAUGAAUCCACAUCAUUGAGUGGUACGCGGCGGUGAUGCGUGUGUGUUUGUGUGUGUCGGUCAGUGGCGGUCGUUCCUGAACACGCCGGCACAGCCAGUCUUCAAACAGUUCCAGAGGUCGGCCAGACAGCCAGGCACUCACCAGCCGCCUUGUUCACCUGUGAGUGACGUGUGUGUGUGUGUGCGUGUAUGUGGCUGUUGGUUGGUGCAGCGUCCGUCAGGCGUUGUCGUACGAGCUGACGAUGGUGCUGUGCACUUUGGCUGCUGCCCAGAUCGUGCAGGCACAGAGGGGGCUGGCUGAAGCACAGAUGGAGGACAUCCCGGAGGGAGCCAUCACGGUAGGCACGACGGACGCACACCUCACACCUCACACCUCACUCAUUCCACAUACAAAGGAAGGGAUCGAGGAGCUUUCUGCAUGUGUAUACAUGUGUGUGUGUUGUGUGUGGCCAUCCAUCUCAUCGAUCUGAUCAGUCUGCGGUGUCUUUUUGUGCCAAGAGUGCCGGCCUCUUCCAGCACGCACAGGAGACCACACCGGUAGGUAGUGCACUACAUGCAGCACUUGACGGACGGACGCGACAGACACCUGACCUGAUGCACCUCACCGCACCUCGACUGACACAGACAGCAUCCAUUCAUUCAUUCAUUGAUUCUGUGUGUGGGUGUGGGUGUGGUUGCGUGUAUGUUAUGUGUCCCCCGGAUGGCUGGUGUGUGCUGUGCUGUGCUGUGCCUACCCUACAGGAGUCGCUGCUGGAUCAGAUAGAGCUGGUGCAGUGCCCUGAGGUCUACCCGAAAGUCCUUCAUGGGUACGUUACCACCACAGUCAGCUUCCACUCAUUCCUCUCCACGUGUAGUGAGUGUAUGUGUGUCGUUCUGCACGGCAAGUGUGAUAUAUGGGUGCCACCGAUGGGUUCAUUCAUUCAUUCCUGGCUGUGCUAUGCUGUGCUGUAUGUGUGUGUCUAUGCUAUGCAGGAUGAUGGCGUAUGCCCAGAUGUGCACGCAGCAGCUGAGCUACGAGCACGCGCGGCGCAAGGGCAGCGUCAACCACACCUUGCUAGGCAAAAUCGCCCUCUGUGUGGGAGACCUUUCGGACAAGACACUCGCAGCACUCAGAAGUAAGUUGCUCACACCACACCACACCACAUCACACCACAUCACACCGCCCUAUAGCAUAGCCGGCCGCUGUCUGUCUGCAUCUUUGCAUGUCCUGUGUGCGGUUGGUUGGUUGGUUUGUAUGUCCGUCCAUUCAUUAGGUGUGCCUGAGGGUAUCUGUGGAGGGUUGGUCAUCCAUCUGCAGGGGUGCUCGUCGCUCUACCGGGCCAUAGGCUGGAAACACAUCGCCAUGGCCGAGUGGGAGAAGGAAGCUUACGUACGUCAGUCAGCAAAGAGCGGAGCGGAAGGGACGCAGCGUAUACGCCCAAGCCCAUGAUUUGCGUGUCUGGCUCUGCGUGUGUGUAUGUGUAUGUGUGCAGGGCGUGGCUGUGACGUACGUCAAGCAGGCCAGCGCUUAUGUUGCCAAACGUAAGGAAGGAGUCGCCAAAUGCCUCCCAGGGAACGAUAACACAUUCCUUCUGGCCGGCUGCGUGCGGAUGUCAGUGCGUCAAGGCCUUGCUGCUGCACCGCUGCCGCACCUGCGGAACAUCGUGGACAGGUACACUCACAAACACACACACGCACACACAGACACGCACACACCCGGCAGACAGGCAAACAAGACGCUGCCAUUUGUCUACCGAUUUGUCUGCCUGCCUUGCCGUCAAUAGAGAGGUGGCGGAGGUCACGGCCGUGUGCAACGAGUAAGCAACAACACGGCGCCCACCGACACACCAUGGUGGCUGGCAACCCAUCACCUCUCAAACGUUUGUGUGAAUGCAUGGCUAUCCAUCCCCCUCCUUGUCUGUCCGUCUGCAGGUAUGAGAACGACAACAACAAUGUGUAUUUCGCGACCGCCCCGCGCUUCUCGUCGCUGGUACCCGUCCACGGUGCCUUUGUCAGGGGGCCGGAGAAGUUCGUCGAUCCCGAGCCAGCCUUCACGCCCGACAUGCUCAUGGAAGACAACAAGGAGGACCCAGAUGCAGCCAAGAGGGGCGGCGGGCUGUUCGGACUCUUUAGGAAAGGCAGCGGCACCAAACCGUGAGUGGAUGAAUGAGUGGCAUAUAUCCGUGUCAGUCAAUGCGGGAUGGAAGACCAGCAAGCUGCAUUGCAUAUGUAUGUAUGUCAGUGUGUACUCAUAUACAUAUACGCAAGGUGCAUGCGAUGCAAAGCUGUGUGUCUGAGCGUUUUUUCGUCCGCGCUUCAAUUUGUGUGUUUGGUUUUUACAACGGUUGGUUGGUUCACACAGACGAUCGAGAGGAAGGCAAGGCGCGCAUGGCAUCACAUGACAUGAUGUGGUGCCGUCAGUCAAAUCAAAUCAAUGACCUGUGAAAG